ACUGUUAGGGGAUCUCUAGGCAUUCUGUAGUAUGCAGACCACUAGUGUCUGGGUUCGUACUAAUAACUUAAAUGACUGAAACUUCCAUAACAAGCCAUCUUGCUGCUUCUUGUGAUGCUAGGUAUCUGAAAGUACAACCCUUGAGGACCUUGAAAAGUCAAAUGCACCUUUGCUUGACUACUUGGCCAAUGCAGGAUGUCUGAGGCCUAUGCGGUCGAUAAGAGACAGGGAUCUGCUGGUACAAGAAAUUGUCAUGUUUCAGGUCAUCCACAGGGUUCAAAGUCCAUUUCAAAGAUUCUGUGAAGGAGUGAAAACUCUUUGGGUUCAGGACCAAAUACGACGACAUCCAGACAGCUUUCGACCAUUGUUCUGCUAUGAGCUGUGGAUGAUCUUUUCAGCAUUCGUCUCUCUCCAGAAGGGAGCAACAAGAGAGCUGCUGAGGAGAUGGUCGUUACUUUCUGGAGGGACUAUCUCCAAAAUGCAGAAGAAGAAGAAGGGCCAUCCAAACUAGAGAAGAUAUUGGCCUUCAAAACUUGAGCAUCUGACCAGUUCAUUCACAAAGGAGAUGAUGGCUUCUCUACAUCAAUGUUCCCUCUUGCCAACACGUGUUAACUGCAUCAACUUGCCACUACAUGUGUCUUACCAACUGUUCAAGGAGAAGUUUGACUUUGCAUUAGGAAACACAUAUGGGUUUGGCAGGGCAUGAACAUGUCAUGCUCUGAAAACUUUUUCUGUCUGUGUCUCACUUUCUCUGUUUGUCACUACCUUUCUGCUUGUCUCAGUUUGUUUUCUAAAAAAAAUUUCAAAGAAGAGUUAUUUUUUUCAUUUCUGAAUGCCGUAUGCAAUAUAACUUAUGUAUUUUAUAUAGUUUCACCACAAUUCAGUUGA